AUCAUCAUUCUUCCUCGGCUCUCCUUGGAUCGCUUUGCGGAGCGAAGACGAAGGCGCAGCGAGCAGUCGAUGGCGGCGGAUCGUAGGGUCGGGGUGGCGAUGGACUUCUCGCCGUGCUGCAAGGCGGCGCUCCGGUGGGCGGUGGAGAACGUGGUGAGGGACGGCGACCACCUCGUCGUGGUCAACGUCCAGAAGGAGGGCUGCUAUGAAGAGGGCGAGAUGCAGCUCUGGGAGACCACCGGAUCUCCAUUUAUCCCACUGAUAGAAUUCUCUGACCCUGGAAUUGCAAAGAAAUACGGGGUGAAGCCUGAUGCUGAAACUCUGGACAUUCUCAAUACUGUAGCCAGGCAAAAGGAGAUUGUUGUUCUGAUGAAGAUCUACUGGGGAGAUGCACGCGAAAAGAUAUGUGAAGCAAUUGAUACCAUUCCUCUGAGCUGUUUGAUCAUUGGGAAUAGAGGGCAUGGGGGGAUUAAGAGGUUGACAAGUUCUCCUUUUGCUACUGACCUUUUGUCCAAAGGAGAACCUUUUUAUGUUGAGACUUAAUAGUCGCAAGAUGUGCUUACGGCUGCUGUUGGGUAGUGUGAGUAACCAUGUGGUGAACAAUGGUACCUGCCCAGUCACAGUUGUCAAGGGUGUUGAUCAUUAAAACUAGUUCAUCUGCUUCUUCCACGAGGACCCCACGCCCUGCUGUGUUGUCGUGCUUAUAGAACUUGGCAUCACCUUCCUCUAAUAAAAAUGGUGGUGUCUGAUGAGCAUGUACUUGUAACUUACAAUGUGUAUUACUUUUUCUGUCGACCGGAUACUGUGACAAGUCUGCUGUCCAGUUUUUCGGAAAUAAUCAUCUGAGGUUUCAUGAUGCUGGAUUCUGUAAACUGGGAGCAUGUUCGAUUUUGUUAUGCAUCUUUCCACACAUGAUGAUCGUGGUCUGGAAUUGUCCAA